AGUCAGCAGCAGUGUCUCCUCUUAGCUCCGGCUUUUGCACAGUCUCGGGUUUCCUAAAGCAAGAUAGAUAGACAGAUCUAGAUAGACUGAUAGUUCUUGGGCUACAGCAAGAUGAUGUUAUAUCUAAUUGGUGCUAUACUCAUUCCGCUUUUACCUGUUAUUUCAACUGGAACCAGCAGUGGUAAAUGUUUUGAAGGAUUUUUGACUGCAUUUGAUGCAAACAUUUCACAUCAGACAGUUUUUGUGGAUAACGGCAGUGUACAUGUUGAAGAAGUUCAAUCAUUCCUUUAUGAUAACCAAGUUCUACCGCUGACCACGUCUUACCAACUGACAAAAGAUAACAUCACAUAUGUCGUAUCUAAAAAUACUAUUUUGAUGAUUAACUCGACUAGGUAUAAGCCUAUAGAGUUAACGUGCAAUCCACUCUCAAUUACAUUUGGACCAGAGUCACUCAAUCAGACUAUAAUCUAUGGUCUCUGUCCUGGAGUUAUAUUUCGCAUAGAACUUUCGCCUUCACAUCCUCCUACUCCUCAGUACUUUCAUUUGAGACAGAUGUCAAUGAAUUUCAAUGGUACGAUUAUGUUUGAUAGCCAUAAUGCUCUACACUUUUUGACCGGUAUUGGGAGUUUUUUGUACAUCAAAAUUAUUCGGUCGGGUGAAUCGGCAGAAUUGGACGUUCCUUCGUGCAGGUUUGUAACGAACAUUAAAAUUGUUUCAGGAAAUUUCAUGGCUAUAUUUUGUGCCGACAGCCAUGAAAACUCUUCUAUUAUUACCUCGGUUCAUUUUCGAAACCUUUCGAUAGAGAAUUAUGUCAGCGUACAUCUUGAUGAACCAAUAGAACGUGACAUUUUAACUGUCAAUUCACUGGACAAUAUCGUAUUAUUGACAGACAGCUUUUCUCUUCACAUCAUUGAUAGAGUUAAUGGAAACUAUAAACUCCUUGAUACAAAAGGCAGCACUAAGAUUGCUGAUACGACAAUACUUAGUUCAAAGCGGGCAUACUACAUUACAUCAAGCCUUGCAAUGUUUUCUCCUAAUGAUGUUCUGAAUGGAAUCGGACCUUCAUCUCAAGCAAACAUUCAAGCCUGCGGUCCUCCGACCUGUGCUCCUUCCCUCGGUACUAUAGAUAAUAAAGGGAUUGUGUAUUCAAGAACUGAAACAUCGAUUGAGUUGAGGGAUGAUGAUGGUGACUGUCAUGUGGUAAUUCCUCUCAAAAUUAAAGCGAAGUUUUAUGUACACAAUUUAACGUUACACUCCACAGAACAAGCAUCUCCUAGCUCCUCAACUGGACAAGUGCCUCAUGAAAUUGUUAUACCAGUUAUUGUUUUUGUGGUACUAAGUGGUAUUGCCCUUUUUGUAGGCACUGUCAUUGCUGUGUCAGUGAAAAAAAGUCAAAGCCGAAAGAGAACUUCAUUUUCCAUUGCUCAAGAAAGUGUUCAAGAUAAUGGGCAGCCUGGGAAAGGUAUACAGGAAAGUGGGGAAUGUAUACAAGAACAAGGGCAGUCUGCUCAAGAGUGUUCUGGCACGCAAGAAAGUACGACCCUACCAAACUACCCAGUACAGCAAGGAACCCCCUGUAGCUCCCAAAAAUCAUGAUUCUACUCAA